AUGUGUAUGAGCUUCAUAUUCAUUAGUGAUGAUCCAGAGUCAAGGUAUAAGCUGAUAAUACUAAACAAUCGAGAUGAAUCUUUGGACAGACCAACACUGGAGUUGGACUGGAGGAACGGUGUACUCAGCGGAAUCGACAUCAAAGAUCCAGUGAGAGGCACGUGGUUUGGAACCAAUUCUGCGGGAAGUGUUGGAAUUUUGCUAUCACUUACACAGCCAAUGUCUGCAAAGAAGCAUCAUCACGGCCCCAGUCGAGGCGCGGUCGCCAAGGACUUUUUGGAAUCCGGCCGCUCAACUGAAGAUUAUUUCGCUGAACUCUGUGAAAAAUCACAUCUCUACAAUGGAUUCCAGUUCUUAGGAUUGCAAAGGAAUAAAUGUGACCUGUAUGAGAUGACAUCUCUGUCAAACAUGCUCGUCGACACAGGAACAUAUGUGUGGGGCAACAGCCCUCCUGAUAAACCGUUUCGUAAGGUCGUCGCGGGACAGGAAAUCUUUGAAAAGUUCAUUGCUUCGUUAACUCCAGAGACCGGCGUUGAAGAGCUGAUCGCAGGGCUCAUGGAAAUCGGUACCGACGAGACAGAAUACAGCCCCGAUCCGCAGAUUGCUCUUCAAACUGAAGAACCAUUUGAACGAUAUCGAUACUACUGUUCAAUCAUGAUGAAGUUUCCAUUGGAUAUGUACCGCUUCGGCACAAGAUCUCAUAGUAUUCUGAUAGUUGAUCGUGAUGACAACGCCACGUUCUAUGAAAAUCGUAUGGCCGAACCACCACAGAUUGGAGAACCCGUCAAAUGGGUUGACAAGACAAUCACAUUCAAAUUAGACCCCAUCUGCACUCAACAACAGGCUCGGUGA